UGCGGCACUUGACGGACGUUGCGUCACCGCUGCUUUAAAGCAGGCAGCGUCGAUCCGAGCCGAGCCGACCCCCAAACCCGGAGCAGAUGGACCGCUUCCGAGACUGAAAACCCGCACCGAGACCCGGAUUAAAGGCGUGGACUGGACCCGGCCGCUCCCGGGACGAGAACCGGACUAAAGUCCCGAGUACGGGAGCUUUUCCAGCGGAGUGAGGACGCGUCGGUCCCCGGGUAGGCCUGCUGUCCAACAUGGCGGACGCUGAGGUCUCCUUGUCUCCGGCUCUGCGGACGCUCCACCUCAGCUCCUCCCACUCUGCCCAGCCGCCUCCCCCGGCCUCCUCCUCCUCCCCCACCACCUUCUCCUGCCCCUCCUCUCCUUCCAGCGCCUCCUCUUCCUCCUCCUCUUCAUUCUCUUCCUCCUGCUCUGAGAGCUCCUCAGACUGCCCUGCUCACCACCACCACCAUCACCACCAUCACCACCACCACCACCACCACCCACGGCCUCAGCUGCAGCUGCCCCCGCCCUCCACCAGCGAGCAGCCAUCCUCCCCCAGCGCCAGCCCUCGCAGCUCCAGCCCCAGCGGCAGCAUCGGCAGCACCGGCAGCCUGGGCAGCAGCAGCGCCAGCGAGGGCAUCGGCAGCAGCGGCAUGUCGAGCGGCGGCGACCCAAGAGGACCCAGUCCCCCGCUGGACGUCAUCUCAGAGGACGCCAUGGAGAUGGACCUGGGGGUCGACCAAGUGAUCGACCCUGAGGUGGCCCUGAAGGCCUGCCAGGAGGUGCUCCUCAAAGUGAAGCUGCUGGACAACAAACAACAACAGGACGAUAAACAACAACAGCAGCAGUACGCAGACGUCACGGAGCGCUGCGGUCCUCAGUGGACCAUCAACCCCGACACCAGCUCCAUCAAAGAGGAAGACGAGGACGAGGAGGAAGGUCAGAAAGACGGCGGUUCAUCCCGGCCGGACCCGGCGCCGCCCAAUUCACGGCCGGAGUCUUCCUCGCCAUCGUCGUCUAAACAGUCAUGGCUGCUUCGCCUGUUCGAGUCCAAGCUGUUCGACGUUUCCAUGGCAAUCUCUUACCUGUACAAGUCGAAGGAGCCGGGGGUGCAGGCGUACAUCGGUAACCGCCUCUUCAGCUUCCCCGACAGCGAGGUGGACUUCUACCUGCCACAGCUGCUCAACAUGUACGUGCACAUGGACACAGAGGUGGGAGAUGCCAUCAGACCCUACCUGAUCCAUCGCUGUGGAGGCAGCAUCACCUUCUCUCUGCUGUCGGCCUGGCUGUUGGGCGCCUACUCCUCCGACAUGCACAUCUCCACCCAGCGCCACUCCAGAGGCACCAAACUCCGGAAGCUCAUCCUGUCCGACGAGCUCAAACCUCCUGCUGCUCCGUCCGACGCUCAGCGGUCCGUUUCCGUCUCAGAGAGCCCGCUGUCCUCGCCGUCCCACCGCCAUGGACACCGCAGGCACAACAGCAACAGUGUGGAGGCCUCGUGCACAGCCAGCCACGCCCCUGAAAGGCCCGUGCACGGGGAGGCGGAGGUGUUCGUGUCUCCGUCCAGGAGGACACACCAAAGAUCCAAGUCAGACGCCACCACGGUGAGCAGCGGGCCUGGAGCCGGCCUCCGACGGACGGGAAGCAACCCGAAAGUGGAGGCCGUCCAUGAGGAGCCGGAGCGUCUCCGUCCUCAGAGGGAGUUCGUCAAGUCGCUGCUCUGCAUCGGGAAGCGUCUGGCCACGCUGCCCACCAAAGAGCAGAAGACCCAGCGGCUGAUCUCAGAGCUGUCGCUGCUCAACCACAAGCUGCCGGCCAGAGUGUGGCUUCCCACUGCCGAGCACCAGCACCACGUCUGCAGGGUUCCUCACACCCAGGCCGUGGUCCUGAACUCCAAGGACAAGGCUCCCUACAUCAUCUAUGUGGAGGUCUUGGAGUGCGACAGCUUCGAGACGUCUCCUGUUCCCAUCCGGAUCCCGGAGACGAGGAUCCACUCGGCUCGUUCAGCAGAGAACCUGGACUGUGGUGCCGUGGCUAACGCUAACAGCAGCGGCAGCAUGACGUUGGAGCACAGAGCAGGAAGUUUCUCCACCGUCCCGAACUAUGACAACGACGACGAGGCGUGGGCGACUGACGACAUCGGGCAGCUGCAGGUGGAGGCAGAAGCUCAGACCAGCAGCAGCGACAACAUCAGCCAGUUUUCAGUCGACAGCAUCACAAGUCUGGAGAGCAAAGAGCCGGUGUUCAUUGCUGCAGGAGACAUCAGACGCCGUCUGUCAGAGAACCUCGCCCACACUCCCACCACCUUCAGGAGGGACCCCGAGGACCCGUCGGCCGUGGCCCUCAAAGAGCCCUGGGAGGAGAAAGUCAGGCGGAUCAGAGAAGGAUCUCCGUACGGUCACCUGCCCAACUGGAGGCUGCUGUCGGUCAUCGUGAAAUGUGGAGACGACCUGAGGCAGGAGCUGCUGGCCUAUCAGGUCCUCCGACAGCUGCAGUCCAUCUGGCAGCAGGAGAGAGUUCCUCUGUGGAUCAAACCCUACAAGAUCCUGGUGAUGUCUUCAGACAGCGGCAUGAUCGAACCCGUCCUCAACGCCGUCUCUCUGCACCAGGUGAGGAAACAGAGUCAGUUGUCGCUGCUGGACUACUUCCUGCAGGAGCACGGCAGCUUCACCACCGAGGCCUUCCUCACCGCCCAGAGGAACUUCGUCCAGAGCUGUGCCGGAUACAGCCUCAUCUGUUACCUGCUGCAGGUCAAAGACAGACACAACGGGAACAUCCUGCUCGACUCUGAAGGACACAUCAUCCACAUCGACUUCGGCUUCAUCCUCUCCAGCUCUCCUCGCAACCUCGGCUUCGAGACGUCCGCCUUCAAGCUGACGUCAGAAUUUGUGGACGUGAUGGGUGGUCUGGACGGAGACAUGUUCAUCUACUACAAGAUGCUGAUGCUGCAGGGUCUGAUCGCAGCCAGGAAACACAUGGAGAAGGUUCUGCAGAUAGUGGAGAUCAUGCAGCAAGGGUCCCACCUGCCCUGCUUCCAUGGCUCCAGCACCAUCCGCGGCCUGAAGGAGCGUUUCCACAUGUCUCUGACAGAGGAACAGCUGCAGCUUCUAGUGGAGCAGCUGGUGGACGGAUCCAUGCGCUCCAUCACCACCAAACUCUACGACUCCUUCCAGUACGUCACCAACGGCAUCAUGUGACCCGGGACGCCUCGGACACGCCGUUUAGACUCUGUGAUUCUGAUGGAAAGCAGGAUCUGAACCGACGGGAUUUACUGGAUCUGAACUCGCUGGUUCUUCAGAUCAGAUCAGCUUUCAGUCGUGAUCUCGGUAAAUUUCUGGAACUUUUCCGUGUCGGAGAAACACUAACCGGGCUGGAAGCAUCACGGACGUUCAACGCGCUGCUGCCUGCUACUAAACAAACUCAUCUAACAGACGGGAUUCUACUGGACUCGACUCUGAACCAGCCGCUGGUUUUAGGGAUCCUUCAGUUUCUGGAUCAGUUUUGAAGGUAAAGUUGCUGCUGAGAGCAAUGGAGGACCAAAUGUUGUCACUCGUUGAGCUGAACUCCCAGAAUCUGCUCAGUUAACGACCAAACUAGCAGACAGCAGAGCUCAGUCCUCCUGUUCAGCUGCUGCUUUCAGGCUCAUUGUUGUGUUCUGGUCCUUUUCUGACGGUCACGUGACCUGUCCUCAGCCAAUAAGGAAAGAUUUACAGUCCAACUCUAACAUCAAAUGAAAUCCUUUUAUCUCCAACAAGCUACAGAUCUGAAGAACAAACUAACACAAUUGAAGCUAAUUUAUCAACCAGUUUACUAGAGAACAAAAUAGAGACUGAAAUGACGACUCAACAGAUGUCAGCCCUCUGAAAGCUCAUCUUUAACCUCAGAAUUAUGACAUCUUUACAGUUUCCUCCAAAUUUAGAAAAGAUUUAAGCACAAAGAGCUUCGUCAUCAUCUCACUGCUUUCAAGUUUGCAAGAAAAUUUAAUGACCAGAUUUAAUCGUCACCCUGUGGAAAACUGCUAUUUAUUAAUGAACAGAGAGAUUAAAUCCUCAGUAAACCAUCAGUUUUAUCUGUUCAACCUACAUGAGAGCAGCUCGUUGCUUCACAUCAUGUUCUUUCAGCUCCUGUAGAGACCGAAGGAAUUUAUCUGUAUGUUCUUAAAGAACAGAAACAGUAGAUAGAAAAAGCACAACAUGAACUCUGUGUUCUUUUCUUCAUAUCUGUUCUCUGGACGUUCAGAGGAAAAAUCUAAAUGGUUUAGAAAGUAAGAGAAAUGAAAUGUUUUUCUAGUUUUAAUGGUGUCUGAGACCAGUUUGACUUCCAGCAGGAUUCCUGGACGCGCUGAAUUUCUUUCAUUUUCACCAGACAUUUAUCACAACUUCUCAUUAGAGACAAUUCUUAACAUCUUUGUGAAGUAAAACAUGCAGAAGAUCUCUAAGCAACUCAUUCUAGAAGAAUAUGAGCAGCUGAGUUUCUGUCAGCCUCAGCUGGACUGUAAGAUUAAUGCAGACAGACUAGUAGCAUGUCAGAUGCAUCCUAAAUGAGUCUUUGUUUUAUAAUAGUUGUAUAAAGGGGUGCAUCAACUAACUAGUUUGUUUCUUUGCACAACAAUAUUUCCAGCAUGACGAGUUAAAUAUUAUCGUUGCUGGAAACUCUGAAUCCAAACAUUUAUUGUCAGACAUUCAUCUGAAUAGUUGUUUUCAUGUAAAGCAGAUUUAACAGACCUUUAAGUCACUAUUUUAUUUUAUAUACAGUGAAGCCCGAAAUUAUUCAUACCCCUAGCAAAUUUGGACUACAAUUACUUUUAUUCAACCAGCAAGUUUUUUUUGAUUGGAAAUGACACAGAUGUUUCCCAAAAGACAAUAAGACGAUAUAAAGAGGCAUCAUUGUGGAAAAACUAAUUUCUCAGCUUUUAUUUACAUUUACAAGUAACUUUAAGUUAAAGUUUACUUGGGGUAUGAAUAAUUUCAGGCUUGACUGUAUAUGGCGAAGGGCAAGUUGUUGCCUCCUAAAGGUUCUAUUUUGAGGUCUUUAAAGUGCCCCGAGACAACUAUAAAUAAAAUUAAAAUCAGCAUUUUUAUCAGAAACAUGAACGUGAUCAGUGUCUGGUGAAAACUAAUUCAGCACUUCAGCUCCUUUAAUCUGUUUAACACAUUUGUUUGCUGUCAUUUUAGGUCCGAGUUGAAUUUCAGAGCAGAUUUUCUGUAGUUGUAAUAUUCCUGUCGAACUCUCAGUGCUCUCGCUACCAGAACUCCUCUAACAGGUCGGAUCCACUCUGAGCGAGAAAACGACUGAUUUUCAGCAGAUUUAUGCAAAAACCUCCCCCUCCCUGUUCACCAGCUGUUAGAACUGAAUUCAUGUGAGUCUCUUAACGAUGUUUGUCUAUUUAACGAACGCUUCCUCCUCCCUGAUUGGCCAUGAGAUACAUUCCUGUGAUACACGCGGCUAAUCGGGAGAAGCGGCUCUGUGGAUUGGCUGAAUGAGAGCGAGGCACUCUGAAAAUUCAUUUUUGAUGAUGGGUUUCCUGAACAUGUGAAUGUUUUCUGGAAUAGUCCACUAAAACUAACGUUCUCCUUCUGAGACCGUCUCAGUGUUGACGAGUGAAACCCUCCUGAGGAUGUUGGAGCUAACGCUGUAGCGCCGUGCAGUGGCUUUAUUCCAGUGUCCGACACGUCAAUCAAUCAAUCAAAGUUUAUUUCUAGAGUCCAUUACAGCAGCCCAAAAGGUGACCAAAGCAAGAGAGCAACUUAAAACCAAUAAAAAUAAACAGCAACAAAACAUCCAUCUCAAAGCUAGUACAUAAAAUAAACCAUCACCAUGCCGCUCGGUAUUAGCAGCCGUUUUAAACAGAAAGGUUUUGAGUUUUGUUCUAAACAGACCCUGGUCCUGAUGCUGGAGCUGGUUCCAGAGAACUUCGCGUCACUCCAGGGUUUAUAUUCUGACCUUCAAGCAGACGCUGAUCAGACGACCUCAGAGCUCUUUUUUGGUCCCGUAAAGUUAAAAACUCGGAUAAAAAAGGUGGAGAAAGACCGUUAAAAGCUUUAAAACCAAUCAAUCAAAGCUUAGAAAGACUUCUGGACUGGAAGCAGGUGGAGAUCCUAAAGGCCCGGGGUGUUUGUUAAAAGAUGCUGCAGCAUUUUGCAGCAGUUGCAGGCAACUGAUGGACGACUGGAGGCGCUAGUAUAAAGAGCAGUCGUCCCGUCUGGAGCUGACAAAAGCAGGAAUGGCUUUUUGAAGGUUUAGAACAGUUUAGAAAACGCUCAACUUUGGCUAAAAGACAUAGUUGAAGAAACUUGCUUUGACUACUGGGUCAAUUUGUUUGUUAAAUUUCAAGUCUCUGUCAGAAACCAACCCAAGAUUUUUAACUGUUGGUCUGAAAGUCCUUGAACCAAAACCCCCAAACACAAUGCAAUCAGUUUAUUCCUCAGUAUUGACAUAUCCACUGAAAAUACAACAUUUUUCCUCGUGAAGUAUUUGUUGUAUGCUUGGAAUAUCACUUCACUUAAAGUACUCUUAAGGUGCUGCUAUUAGACUAGCUAACAUCUAGUAGGCGGCAACAUGUUGGGCUCAUUAACUCACUAACGGUUUGUCCAGGUUUUUAAAACAAAUACAGCUAGUUAGUGAGCAAGAUAGUCACUGCAAUACUACACAUUAAGUAAUAAAUACACUUAAAGAUGAACCAUAGUACAGCUAGCUAACGAUGAGCUUCUGAUGCAAUUAUUGACGCGUUAUCUUCUGCUCACUUUUGAAAUAAAACCUGAGUUACGAGGAAAAAGUGAACAUUUUACUUUCGCAAGGAAUCAACCUGAACAGCGGUAUUAUCGGUAAUAUAGGAUAAUUACCUAGCUGAAGCUAAUUUUAGCAGCUAGUACAUUUUUCUGCUGUAAGUUCAACUCUGAGGCAGAAACUAAUCAAACUGGAAAUAAAAUGUCAUUUUAUUGUAUACUUGUCAUUAUUUGCCAUUUUAAUUGAUCAAUAGUCUGUAUUUGUUCAUUAGCCAUUAGCGUGACUUGGCUAAAAUGUUGGCUAACUUGUUCUGUUUUUCUGUUAAUUCUCCACAAACCAGUAGGUUUUAAUGGAAGUUAUUUAUUCUCGUUCCAAUGUGGGUGAAUGUUAGAAACCAAAGUGUAACAAUAACUAACUAAUUAACAGCAGGAUCAUUAGCCUAUGCUAGCUAACGUGAAAUCUUAGUGAUCAGCUAUCUAUCUCUUGUUAUUAUGAUUAUUUUUCUGAACUCUACUUCCAGUUAAACUUUUUGCCUAACUUUUAAUCGUAGUUUAUUUAGUAUUCUUGUACUUUAACGCGUCAUUAACUGCAACGGGAACGACAGUUGGUUAGCGAUUAGAAGCUAACCUGAUUGGAGCAGAAGCGUCUCGCUGGAAUAAAGCCACUGUCUGGUGUCGCCGUCACAGGGUUGAUGAUAUGUACAAAUGUUUUCUGAAUGUUUUGACCACUAUUAUUGAAGGAGAAGCACAGAUGCGUUGUUGUACAAACAGCAUCAUGUUACCUUCUGCUAACCGUUAGCCUGCUACUUUAUCUGUGACUUAAGUUUACCAGACGAGCAACUUAAAUAGCAAAUGCUCUUCUUUUUUUCUGUUUUUAUUUUUCCAUGUGCGAAUAUGUAAAUGAAGUGUGUGAAAAUCGAUGCCUUUAGACGUACAGAAGGUACAAACUCUUAUCAAUGCAACAGGAGGGACGACGAUGUUCGGACCUCAGAAGUGCUUUUAUAUCCGAUGUUUGACCGCUUCAGGAACGAGUUUCAACGCCUAAACGUCCUCCUUGCUUCGAUAUAUUUCACUUUGACAAUAGAAAUGUUUAAGCAAUGUCAUUCAUUUCCACUAUUAACUGGGAAAAAUCGCAAUAAAGCUAAAAUAUUCAGUUCCUCCAGGAUUUUGUCGCUGUUUUUUCCAGAAUUCUAGGCAGCUUUUCUAAAAAAUAUGUUUUAAGCGUAUUUGUUGCGACGAAAUUGCGGGAGAAAACUGCUAAAAAGUUGCAAUUUUUUCAGCUUUUCGAACACGUUUCAACAUUUUAAGUGACAAAAUUUUUAUUCCUCCAACCAGAGCUGAUGUGAGAAUAUUCUUCCUACACCACCUUUUAGUUGUAGGAGCUUCAGGAGAAACCAGCCGGACUUCCGGAAGCUGGUUUGCGAUCACCAGGACCUGGAUGAGUUUAUCAGCAAUGGGGAACCAUGACAAAGACUUCUGUGGUCGUUAAUGACCUCCGACCAGUAGAAAAGUAUUUGUCAGUCGAUGGUUUUUGUUUGUUUUCCACCACAAUAUUCCACGGGUGUAAAACAGUUUAGCUCUGCUUUGGUGAAGAACAUCAGGGAAUUGUUUUUCACGUCUUCAGCAGUAAUUUUUGUUGGUAAAUGAGCGACAUUAGAAUGGGACACGUCUGCAUCUUCAAACCAUAAACAGGAAGUGAAUUCAGUGACGUACGUGCGUUAUGUUUGGGACUGCUAUGAUUGGUGGAAUUCACGGGAGGCGAGACAAAAUUGCGGAAAAGUUGUGUUAAAUUCACAGAGAUUGGUUAAAUUUGCGUUAAUCGUUGCGAUCAUAACGUCUGGAAUCCUGGAGGGAUUGAAUAAAUAGCCACUAAAAUGUUCGUUCCUGACUGAAGUGUGGUGAGGAAAACGCUGCAGUUUGUUGAAAAUCAUCCCUGCGACUAAAAACCUUUCAUUGCCUUCUUUCUUCGUUCCAUCAGCUCCGAACACUUUCAAUGUGAAGAACUCUUUAAGUGCAUUUAUCCUGAAUGAAAAGAUUCCUGUCAUUUGUAAAAUGUUGUUUUUGUUAAACUUUUGUAGGUACUAAAAUUGUAACUCUAAAUCCAUUACAGCAGCCUUUUUUUUUUUAGUUUAUCGAAUCAUUUCAGAUAACUGAAACAACACGAUACUUUAGCGGCAGAUGCUAACGACGCUAACAUCACGAAAAACUUUUCACUGUGUGAAGAAAAAUGACAUGGAAACACUUAGUGUGAUUUCUGAGGUAUUUUAGAAGCAGCAUCAUCUCAUGAGGUGAGAGGAAGCGGAAGACAGGAUCGAUUCGAAAUAACAGUUUGAAAAUGUAUCCAAAACUAUUAUCCGUAAAGGCUGUAAUUUCUUGACACUUUUGACCAUAUUUGAAUAUUAAUCAGUCCUGUCUUCCAGCUCCUCCUCGCCUCGACUCUCAGACCCAGAAUGUAAAUCUGCAUCUCUACAUGAAGAAGCAGAUUCGUCCACGUUAUUUCGUCCCGUAAAGAUCAGCUGACAAUCAGAAGCUGCUGUUUGUCUGCUGAACUUUUCGAUCAUGUACAGAAAACAUUGUCCAGUCUGUCACGUCCCGACUAACUGCAUGGCAACUCAUCCAAUAAAUCUGAAACCUGGUUCUCA